CUGACCUCCUUCAACGUUCCCGUUCCCGUUUCUUUCCAAGACCAGUUCCCACUUCCCAAGGCUCCAACUAUCCUCUGCCAUUUGAAUCGCAAUAAUGGAGAGUCAGCCCUUAGUCUCACUCUCGCUCCAGUUUCAAGCAAAAUGGCGCAUUCUCAUUCGUCUUUCUCGCUUUCAUUCAUCAUUAUUAGAACCAGACCGCCGACCCUUUCGCUGUUCAUGCAGCGAGACGGGUAAGCCGUUCUUUCCAAAGUCAAUAUGACAUCUUUCGCUGACUCGCACGGAACCCGUUUCUUCAAAAUCAUUCUCCAGGGAACCCUUCGUGACAAGAAGCUCUUGAUUCCUGGGAGGUUCGUUGAGAAUUGCGGGGAGGGCUUGCUGGAUUCUGCAAUUCUGAAGGUCCCUAGUGGUCUGAGUUGGACUGUGGAUGUAGUGAGUGAUGGAAUUGGUGUCUGGUUUGGGAAUGGAUGGCAAGAUUUUGCUGAGUUUCACUUGUUGGAAUAUGGGCAUUUUCUGGUUUUCGAGUACAAGGGUUGCUCCAGUUUCUAUGUCGUUAUAUGUGAUAGGACCGCUACAGAGAUUGUAUACCCGAUUACUAGAACUGCUAGCAACCCGCAGCCUGCUGAUAAGGUUCUGAAACUGUUUCCUGAGCCUGUGGUCGAAGUGAUUGAGAAUUUCUGUGGUGGAGUUGAUGUGCCCCAAAGAAACAAGUGUAAAUCCCCUAUGGAGGUUUCUCAACCUCGUGGUAAGAAGAAGAAGAAGAUGAAGAGGGGUAGUGCAACCAGAAAUGGCAAUGUGAAGAUGGUGAGUUGCAUUGAGCAAAGUGCAGCUGGGCAUCAUUCGUCUGCACAAGGGCUUGGGGGCAAUUCGAUGGAGUUGGGACGCGAAGAGAAAGAGAGUGGUGAUGAGAUAGCCCCUGAAGAAUCUCCACUUGUGGAGGAACGUAUGCCUCUCACCGCAUUCACCUCACCGCAUCCAUGUUUCGAAGCUCGAAUGACUUCACAUGGGAACUGUAUGUACCUCGAAGUUUUUCUGUUAGGCAUAUUGGGGAAGAUGAGAAGUCAGUGAAGCUUCAGAUUGCGGAUAAAACUUGGCGCGUAGGACUAAAUUCGUAUCCAAGUGAAAAGGCUGUACACUUAUGCAAGGGCUGGCGUGUAUUUACAGAGGAAAACUCGCUGAAACCAGGAGACAUUUGCAUCUUUGAGUGCAUUCAAAGGUGGACUAACGUCCUGCUGAAAGUCACCAUCAUUAGAGAAUCUUAAUUUGGUUUAGGUGCCAUGUUGUUUACUUGGAAUACUAGAAGUUUUCGCUGGGGACAAUGUUCACAACUUCCUGCUUUGUGUAUUGAGGAUGAUGCUAUUGCCAAGUUUGAAUCUAGCUUUUCUUGUUUUAGGCUUUUAGCAGUAGCUCAGACCCCUUAGAGUCUUUUUUACCUUCCUGUUUCUAUCAUCCAUUUAAUGGAGUAUUGGAGUAUUAGAAUUAUGAGAUGAGAAGCUCAUUGAGUAACAUCUGAUUCUGCAAGAUAUUCAAUGAUCAGAUGAAUAUCGUAGGAUGGAGGCGAAUCACGACUACAGUGUUGUCAGCUUCCUGUUAUAGGAGAUGCUUGACAAACCUUCCACACCACCUUGAAGGCAUAUUCUGUUUUCGUCAAGGUAAGAAAAUUUGUGCCUUUUUGAACUAAUAUUGUUGCUGGAAGUUCUGCUGGGAAAGCUAGGAGCUCGGUAGGGGUAAAGAAAAAGUUACAUUUUCCUCUCUGUAUUCCCCUCUUGAAAAUUUCUCUUUCUCCUUCAUCUUCUUCAAACCCUACAGAGAACAAGUGUUUCCCCUCCAGAAUUUGAGAUCUCUCCCUGGAAACCAACCUCAACCAUGGCCCAUUUCUUGAAGCAUUUCAUUGAGCAGACAAUCACACUCAAGAAACUGGUAAACCCAUUUGUGCUAAAUGCUAAUAGCCAUUACUCAGAACAAAGAACUUUUGGUAUGUGUGUGGUUUUCCUAUAGGGAUGAGAAGAAUAUUUGCUUGGCAACAAUGCUUUUCUUCCAUUUGACUUCGAGCUUUCUUGAUGACUUCUUCAUUCUCUCUUGACAACAAUGCUAAUUGAUCAGUUCCCAAAACAUGCACUAAAGUAUUUGUACAGGAAGCAAGGUACCUGGUAAAUGCAAAUCUGUGCCAGCCACCUGUGAUUACCAAUAAGCUACUCUUGUGUGAAGAUUAGAAAGAAAAAAGAUGAUAUGGGUCUAAACCUCCUGUUCUUGAAAAUACAAGUCGUUGACAGUUUGACAAUUGACACUCAUAUCAUAUCCAACCACAGGACUCUAAUAACCAAAUCUAAAAAGCCUUUAUUCAGGACUAAUCUUUUUGAUUUAUGGGAAUUCGUUUGAUCAUUUCAUUUUCCUUCUCUGUCUUCUUACAAGUUACAAAUGUGACUGAUAAUAAGGGACUAUUGUCCAC